CACCUUGAAGAAACUUGAUUUUCCACUGUAUAUAAUAUGUGUGAGGCAGGAAUGGCUGUGGGGUGUCUAAUAGCUCCUCCUCUGCUCCUAACAAUACAUCAAUAAAAUUCUGUGUAUUAUAUCACCACUAGUCGUUAAGAAAAGAAUGAAGGGAAAGGCUGAGUCAAUAGCAAACAGCUUUCACUGUACAGUACAGUAAAUCAGGAUCUUUCAAUGCACAGCCUCCGAGCUUUCCCAACCAUCUUGUGAGGCUUUUUUCAUUGAUUUUGUAAACACAGAGGCAGCACUGGGUGCUCUAGAAAUGUUCCCAACAUGUACAAUAUCAAAGUGGAUUGAAGAUGCCAAGAAUAGGUUUCCUCAAGUCCUGACCCACGUGAUCCACCAAAUAAUUAAUUCAGCUCGUCCCUUAAGAAACACAGCGUCGUCAUUAAUUUGCCAAGCAAAGGACUCUAUCAGACUUGAAAACUGAAGAGAUACAGAGAAUAUAAUAUACAAAGAGAGCAGUCUGUAUUCUCUGCACUCCCACCAUCUCUUUCAUAGCAGAAGAAAAGAGAUCUUGGCAAUUCGUUUGGGACUGGAUCACACCAAACAGGACUCUGUCCUAAAAAGGUCAAAUACAAAAGCAAGGAGAAAGCAAAUAAGGUCACGUGACUGCCCUAGAAGACCAGUCUUUGGAAGUCAAUGUUCAUUGAUAAGGGUGCCAAUCCCCUAUCUAUAAGAGAGGCCAAGAUGCAGAAAACAGCUUAUUACGAAAACUCUGGACUGUUUGGAGGUUACACUUAUGCCAAAACAGAAUCUUACAGCUACGGGCCCAGCCAGCAGCAGUACCCACAAUCCAGUCUAGACAGCGACUAUCCCAGCACUGCCUGCUCUAUCCAGCCGGCUGCUAUAAGGGCCUCUAACCAUAAAGCCAAUGAUAUCAGUGGCAGUUGUAUGAGGACAACGUCAAGUCAGAACUCCAACCAGACCCCAAGUAUUGGCAACCAGCAGCACCAGGCGCCAUCUCUGCCUCCUUCCUCACCUAGUCAUGGCAAUAGCUCUGCCCAGAAAAAGAGCAAAUCAUCCAAUUCAUCUGGCUCUUGCCAGGCCACAAUGAGCAAACAGAUAUUCCCAUGGAUGAAGGAGUCCAGACAAAAUACCAAGCAGAAGAACUCCAGCAGCAGCCCUCCAGGCGAGAACUGCGAGGAGAAGAGCCCGACUGGCCCUGCCUCAAAGCGAGUCCGCACCGCGUACACAAGCGCGCAGCUGGUGGAACUGGAGAAAGAGUUUCACUUUAACCGCUACCUGUGCCGCCCCAGGAGGGUGGAGAUGGCCAAUUUACUCAACCUCACUGAGCGCCAGAUCAAGAUCUGGUUCCAGAACCGCAGAAUGAAAUACAAGAAGGAUCAGAAAGCCAAAGGGAUCAUGCACUCCCCCGCGGGCCAGUCCCCAGACAGGAGCCCACCGCUCAGUGGAUCCAACCAUGUGGGAUACUCCAGCCAACUAUCAACUGUGAAUAGCCUCAGCUACGAUGCCCCUUCCCCAACCUCUUUUGCCAAAUCCCAACAAAACAUGUAUGGGCUGGCUGCUUACACAGCACCUCUGAGCAGCUGCUUACCCCAGCAGAAAAGAUACCCGGGGGCAGAGUAUGAGCAUCACACAAUGCAGGGGAACAGCGGCUUUGCCAACCCCAAUUUGCAGGGCAGCCCAGUUUAUGUUGGAGGAAACUUUGUUGAUUCGAUGCCAGCCUCUGGCCCAAUGUUCAACGUUGGCCACCUCUCCCACCCUUCUUCUGCCAGUGUGGACUACAGUUGUGCGGCUCAAAUUCCAGGCAACCACCACCAUGGACCGUGCGACCCCCAUCCAACAUACACAGAUUUAAGUUCCCAUCACACAACUCAGGGGAGGAUGCAGGAAAUCCCCAAACUCACACAUCUCUAAGAAACUGUUGGCUGAAGCGAGAAAGAGAGACACAGAGAGAGCAAAGAUGUAAAACGUACUCCUUUUAAUUACCUCACUUUUCUGAAGGGAAAUUAAUGUACCUUAUUGUGAUUGUGCCAACGGCUGGAAGGAGGGUCUGGUCUUCUUCAGCAGAUCCAUCCCUUCCUCCACAUCCUUUAACUAGUCCACCAAGCAAUGGACCUUCCUAGGUACUAUACGCAUGACAGUGCAAUAAAGUGAGAACUAAGGCACAAUAAAACUUUAAAUAAUGUACUUGAAGGUAAGUCUCUUAGAUGAAUUAGUAUUAGCCAGCGCGUCAUGCAAAAAGGUGUUUUUUUUGGUAUUAUUUUUGACCAAAUGAGAAAAAAAAGGGAAUUUUGACUUGCUUAUGAACUCAUUUCAGAAAAAGUUAAAUUAUGAAUUCUUCAGCAGAGAUGCAUUGAUUUAAGUGCGACGUAUUUAUUAUUUCUAGGGGCAAAAGUAUUAUUUCUUUGUUAUAUUUUGUACCAUUAUUUAUCCUUGUCUUUAUUGUAUUUAUGUGGAUGAAUGUGAAAUGUAAUCAAUGCAACUUGGAAAAAUGAUUGAAGUCCAUUGUGGCUACAUUUGCCUCCUAUGUAACUGUAGCAGGGGAGACUUUAGAUCUGGUUCUGAACAGUUGUAACAGUGACUGGUGCUUGUAGCGAUCCUUGAGGUUAAACUUAAGGCAGAAAUGUGAAUUUUGGAUAAAAAUGUAGUUUUUGUUUUUUUUCCACAAUGGGUCUUUGACAUUUGGAAAAGUUCUAUUUUUUUCACCUUUAUUGUUUCAAUUGUCUGAUAUUUCAGCAGUAUUUAGAACAAAGGUUAUGUAGUGUAUCUCAGUAGGGUAAACUAGCAGGACACAAUAGUAUGUUCCACAAAUCUCUCACCAGCUGCACAAUAUAGUGGCUCUUGCUAUCUGAACCUUUUUGCACAUAAACCUAAAAUAUUUUGCUAGUUUAGUUUACAACGGAUCAUUAUCCCCCAAUAUGUUGUAAACGGUGAGGAGUCUUUAUUUUUAUUUUUAAAUGAUCUUUCUUUGCAAUAAUAACUCUUCCAACACAUAUUUUAAAGGCUUGUUUUAUACGUUCGUGUGGCUUUCGUUGUAAUACCUCCAUGAACGUUUGUAUAUUAGAUGCACAUUUGGAAUUUAAAGCAUAGCAAUUGUAGAAAAGUCCUUAAAAAAACGAGAAAAAACGACAAUCAAACGUGUACAAAUUGAACAAAAUAUAAAAAAAGAAGCCCAGUGUUUUUCUUUUUAGUUGAAGUAUUCUUAAGAAGGGCUUUUUCUUUUAAAACAAAGACAUUUCGUUUACAGGGUAUUCCUACAGUAUUAUGAAGGGUUCAUUAAGACAGGUUGAAAUGUUGCAUUUUUUUUAAUUUAUGGCGAAUGGAAGUUCAGUGGUGACAAUUAUUAGCAACUGUAAUGCAGGCGAGGGUGGAAGGGGCGGUUGUACAGACCCACGGUUAUCUGAUUAUUUUCUAUUAUUUUCUAUUCAAAGCAAUUCUCUUCCUACGCAUCCUUGUUUGUUUGGCUAGCUAACAUAACUCCUACACUUAACCAUGAAAAGAGAUCAAAUUCCUGUUGAGUGAAUAUCUGACCUUUAAUGUUUUCGGGGGAAAAAAAAAAGGAAAACACAGUCUGCCCACUUCAGCACAAGGAUACAAAUGAACGCACCCAACGAAGUGUUUAUUGUUUUAUGAAGUGCAGGAAUCACAAAUGCAGAGACAUUCACUGUACAACUGCAAAGCAUUAACUUGUCCCAAUAAAAUGGAAGUUACAACAGCUA